AUGAACAACAUCACUUUCCAGCAGAGAACUGAGGCUAGUAUUAAGACUUUGGAGAAUCAAAUGGGACAAUUAGCCUCCUCUUUGAACCAGAUGCAAUCUCAAGGCUUAGGGAACCUCUUUACACAAAUAGUUGUAAAUCCCAAAAAUGUAAGUGCAAUCACCCUGAGAUCUGGAAAAGUGAUGCAAGAGCCCACCAUGCCUAAGGAGAAAGAAGACUCAAGCUGUACUUCAGCUAUAGUUGGUCAAAAUGGAGAGGAAAAGGCUAAAAAACAACCAGAACCUAUACCUGCUCAACCAAAGGUGGCAGAAAAUGUUGAAAGGAGGCGUCUUAAGGGUAAUGAAAAGAUAAUCAUGGGUAGGAAUGUUUCUGCACUUUUUGAGAACCAAAGCCCCUCUUUGUGUAUGCACAUAAUACUUUUGAAGGAGGGUGUCAAACCAGUAAGGCAGCCUCAGAGGAGGGUGAAUCCUAUCAUCUUAGAAGUGGUGAAGAAAGAGGUCACCGAGUUACUACAAGCUGGGAUCAUCUACCCUAUCUCAGACAUCACUUGGAUACUGGAGAGGUUGGCUGAGAUCAAGGAUAGAAAUAGAACUCAAAAUCUGGUAGCUAACCACCUGAGCAAGAUAGAGGGAGUUCUUGACCCUAUUCCUCUUUUAGAUGAUUUUCCUAAUGAACAACUCUUAGAGUUGUAUACUUCACAGGCACCCUGGUACGCUGACAUUGUUAAUUUUCUUGUUGUAGGGGCCUUUUCAGCAGAUGCACCAAGAGCUAAAAAAGAAAAGAUAAGGAGUGAUGCCAAACACUACCUUUGGGAUUACCCUUAUUUUUGGAAAUUCUACAGUGACCAAGUUAUUAGAAGGUGCAUACCUGAUGAGGAGAUUCCAUCCAUACUACAGUUCUGCCAUGCCUCAGCCAUGGAAGGUCACCAAGGAGCUCAGAGGACAACAAGGAAAGUGCUAGAUGCAGGACUGUACUGGCCUUCAAUUUUCAAGGACUCAUGGCAAGCAUAUUCCACCUCUGGAGAACAGAGGAAGUUGCAGCUGCAAGAGUUGGGGGAGCUGCGUCUUAAGGCCUAUGAGAACUCCAAAAUUUACAAAGAAAAGACCAAGAGGUACCAUGACAAAAUGAUCUCAAGGAAAGAAUUCUACAUUGGUCAAAAGGUCCUCUUGUUCAAUUCUCGUUUGAAACUCAUGCCUGGAAAGCUCAAAUCAAAGUGGCUUAGACCCUUCAUAGUUACAAAGGUAUUUUCCCAUGGUGUAGUGGAGAUCAUAAGUGACUCAACUAGCAAAAGCUUUAUGGUGAAUGGACACCGCUUGAAGCCAUACUUGCAAAACUAA